AUGGGAGUUGAUGCCUACGAUCUCUCUGUAGAUAUACUGGACGUGCACGCUGAUAGAAAUACAUUCCAUCGCUUCGACAAGUUCAAUACAAAGGAGUGGGUGUUGCAAAAGUCUUUGGGAGUCAAAGUACGACGAUGGGCUCUGGAAAACGGUAUUGACGAACAUAGAAUACAAAUUCUUGAAGAUGCUGGAAUGAUCGACAAACCUGAUCCUUAUGAACUCGGACAAGAUGAUUCUCGACAGCGUCGAAUCGAUCAGGGUGACAAAAAGAAGUUACUAGACAUGAAGCGCGAAGCUAGAAAUAUGGAAAAGACGCGUAACGUCUUACGAGCUGAUAAACAUUUCAACUCUAUCUUGAACGAGAAAGAAGAAGAAGAUCUAGGCAGUGAUUCCUCCUUUCGUAUAACAUGUGCAUUUGCAUCGUUCUAG